UUAAAUCUUGUUUUCAGAGAAGAUGUCGGACGAAGGUGUAGAGGUAAACGGUAAGAUAGAUCUAGGGACGAGACGCCUGGUAGUCAGCUAUGUGGAGAACGCUGCGUCCUUCUACGCCUACCUGGAGUCGGAGAAGGAGUUUAUGAAAACAAUAGAACAGGAUUGUAAGAAGCUGUGUGAAGGUUUACCUCGUCUUACUGAGAUACCUGAAACAGAACAGAUGGUUUGCGCUUACUCUGGGUUCCAGCAGACCUGGUUCCGAGGAAGGGUGGAGCAACUGGGACAAGGCCGGAGCAAGGAUCUCAUCAGAGUUCGUGCAAUCGACUUCGGGUGGAACAAUCUGUUCAAGGUUGAAGACCUGGUGGAGUACCCAGACGCUCUUAAAGAUGUAAAAGUUCUCUGUGAGAAAUACAAGAUGGCGGAUUUAAAACCACGCGGAAAGUUUGAAGGAUACUCGGCGGAGGAUCGGCAGCGUGGCGGAGAGUGGUUGAAGAAAACAAUCAACGACAGGGUUGUAAUCUGCAGCUGCUAUAAGCAGGUCAAGUACGCCGGAGGUAUUAUGGCGGACUGUAUGGUUGGAGAUAUUAAUCUGAAUAAAGCUGCACUUAAAAUGGGUCACGUGAUAUUUCUACCCGCCUUGGUUGUUCCACAGUACAAGGGAAAGUCGGCACCAAACAGCAACGGAGUUUACCCCCAGGAGAAGAAACCAUAUUUUAAUCCAAUUCAGAAUCGUUUUGCACAGAAACAAGUUCAAAACCAGUUCCAGGUUAAUGGCGGGCAAGGGAACGUUGAUAGCGUAGAUCUCGACUAUUCAUCCUACCAGGGAGAUGUAUUGUUUAACGGUCUAAACAGAGGAGUUCAGAACGGAGCUGGAGUACUGUCACGUCCUUCCGAAGGACCAGCAGGACGGGAUAGUUCACUGGUUGUUAAGAAGCUAGAGAAGAAAAUAAACGAGGAUAAGAAGGUGAUUAGUGAGUUGAAGAAGACGACCAACCUGGACGUUGGGAUCAGGGAGAUCGUCAAGCUGAUGGAUAAGGUUGCAGUGUCCAGGGAUAAGGUUCAGGAGCAGGAGAAUAAAGGGUCUAAUAUUCUCUCCUGUCUAGUAGGUGUAGCUGAGGUGAUAGAAGAGUGUUCGGUUGUAACGGAUAAAUACCUAGCAGGAGUAGAAGCUGUGGAUGCUGCGGCUAGACGGGUUGCAGAGAACAAGGACGGAGAAGAGAAUAGAACCAAUUCAACUAACUCAGAUUUAAACAAGUGUAUUGAACAGUACCUGGAUAUAUAUAACGAGGAGGUUCUCCGGGAUGAGUUGACCAGAGUUAACAACCAGCUGACCGACAUGAACCCUAAUAUCCCCAUGGGGUGGAAGCUCCUGGGGGUCAAGGCAGAGAACGUGACGAGGUUGAACCUGCUGGAGGUGGCGGAGAACGUCAAGAAUUGGAUUGAAGGAUCGGUUUCAAGAGAAGCCGCUCUUACUGCUAACUCACAGAAGGAAAUGGAUAGUUUGUGUAGAGCUUUGAAUCAACUAUCUCAGGGUCUACAACAGAAGCAGGCUGGAACUACCAGUGAAGAUGCAAGGGUUGAGAUACCAACUAGUCUAGAUUCACAGCUAGGAUCUGCCCGUCAGGCACUACAGGCUGAACUGUAUGGCCGGGUGGGAGGUAUUAAAUCCUCCAGUGGAAGGAAAGGAAAGGAGAAGAAGUCUGGAUCUAAUGAUGCAGCUGUCCUGAAGUCGGCUUGGAAAGCGCUGACAGCCCUAAAGGGACAGCUGGAGACCUGUCAGAAGAAAGCCGAAGAGUAUAAGAAAGCUGCCAACAAUGCCUAGUCAGUUUAUAUCUCGUAUGUAAGCUUCAUUUGUUGAGCUUCAUCUAUCUACAGAGAAUAUUUAAACUUGUUGAACAGGAUUUUUAUUAAUCCUUGUAAAUUUUGUCAAAAUGUGCAUUUCAAUCCAGUCAAGAAAAUUUAUUAAAUAUCGUGAUAUUUGUUAUAAAAGCCAGAAUAGGACAUUGGUGAAUUAUUGUUAUGUUGCGCCAAUGAUUCCAGUAUUACCAUUUUUUAAAUUUUUUAAAUCGUCUCCAUGGAGUAUUUUUUAAAUUUUUUAAUCUUGUGUCGUCGUAAUCCUGGAAUGUGCUGAAAUGUCCUAGCUACUAGUGUUUAAUUACCUUGUUUCAGA